AUGGACACUGGCGAGGUCAUGGAUGCUGGGGAGGUGAUGGAUGCCAGUGAGGUGAUGGGCACCAAUGGUUGUAUCAAAGCCGUGGGCCAGGCAGAUGCUAUUCGCAGUCAGUUUUCAGGAGCAACGUUUGAAAGAGUAAUUGACUGCUCCGGGAAGUGUGUGUUACCAGGCCUGGUAGAUGCACAUACACACCCAGUGUGGGCUGGUGACAGGGUUCAUGAGUUUGCGAUGAAGCUGGCAGGUGCAUCCUACAUGGAGAUCCACCAGGCUGGGGGAGGAAUCCAUUUUACUGUGGAACACACUCGUCAGGCCACGGAAGAAGAGCUGUUCAAUACUUUCAAACACCGACUGGAACGCAUGCGCCGAGCAGGAUCUACGUUGGUGGAGUGCAAGAGUGGAUAUGGCUUAAACUUAGAAACAGAGCUUAAAAUGCUCAGGGUGAUCGAACGCGCUAAGCAAUCCAUGGAUAUUGGCAUUUCUUCAACGUACUGUGGAGCUCACUCUGUGCCGAAAGGGAAAACUGCUACUGAAGCCGCAGAUGACAUUAUCAAUAACCAUCUCCCUAAACUGAAAGAACUCAAACUCAGUGGUGAAAUAGAUGUUGACAAUAUAGAUGUGUUCUGUGAGAAGGGAGUCUUUGACCUGGAGACUACUCGGAGAAUUCUUCAAGCUGGAAAAGAUACAGGGUUACAGAUGAACUUCCAUGGUGAUGAACUCCAUCCGAUGAAAGCUGCUGAGCUUGGAGCUGAACUAGGAGCCCGGGCCAUCAGCCACCUGGAAGAAGUUAGUGAGGAAGGUAUCAGAGCGAUGGCAAGAGCCAACUGCGCUGCUGUCCUUUUACCGACGACUGCCUACAUGCUAAGACUGAAGCAACCUCAAGCUAGAAAAAUGUUAGAAGAAGGAGUUAUAGUUGCGCUUGGCAGUGACUUUAAUCCUAAUGCAUACUGUUUUUCAAUGCCUAUGGUGAUGCAUCUGGCCUGCGUAAACAUGAAGAUGUCAAUGAAUGAAGCACUGGCAGCUGCCACCAUUAAUGCAGCUUAUGCUCUGGGAAAAUCGGACACGCAUGGCUCCAUUGAGACUGGCAAGCAGGGGGAUCUUGUUAUCAUAAAUUCACCAAGGUGGGAGCACUUGAUUUACCAAUUUGGGGGACACGAAGCGUUGAUUGACUAUGUUAUAGUUAAAGGGAAAGUCGUCUAUCAAAAUGAGAGGUGUGGGACGAUCAGCAGUUACUGA